AUGGCCCAACAGUUAAGAAAGACCACUCAGUUGAGCCUAGUAGAAGAUGCGCUCAGAAACCUCGACAAAAAGCAACCAGGCAACAGCUACACCGCGAAGGUCAAAAUAGGCCACAAAUAUAACAUCAUCGGAUUUAUCAGCAGUGGAACUUAUGGUCGUGUCUACAAGGCUGUGGAGAAGAACCCGAAAGGUGACCUCUCAAGCCCUGUUGGAGCAACCCCUACAAAGGAAUUAUACGCGAUCAAGAAAUUCAAGCCCGAAAAGGAAGGUGACAAUGUACAAUAUACCGGCCUGUCACAAUCAGCCAUCAGAGAGAUGUCCUUGUGCACCGAGCUGUCCCAUCCUAACGUUGUCCACUUGGCGGAGAUCAUUCUCGAGGACAAAUGUGUCUUUAUGGUCUUCGAAUAUUGCGAACAUGACUUGUUGCAGAUCAUCCAUCAUCACACCCAGCCCACCCGAAGACCCAUCCCCGCAACCAUGAUCAAGUCCAUUCUUUUCCAAUUACUGAAUGGCUUGUUCUAUCUCCACCAGAACUGGGUGAUCCAUCGAGAUCUAAAACCCGCCAAUAUUAUGGUCACGUCUUCCGGGCACGUACGGAUAGGUGAUCUUGGUCUCGCACGGCUGUUCCACAAACCCCUGUCAUCAUUGUACUCUGGCGAUAAGGUCGUUGUUACUAUAUGGUAUCGUAGCCCCGACCUCCUUUUGGGUGCCCGGCAUUACACCCCCGCCAUUGAUCUUUGGGCAGUCGGUUGCAUCUUCGCCGAACUGUUGAGUCUACGACCCAUCUUCAAAGGAGAAGAAACAAAAAUGGACAGCAAGAAGACCGUUCCCUUCCAACGCAAUCAAAUGGGCAAGAUCGUGGAAAUUCUUGGUAUGCCUCGACGGGAAAAUUGGAAAGGAUUAGUUGAUAUGCCAGAAUACGCUCAGUUGCAGUCUCUCAUUCUUUCACGAGGUUCUUCAGGGUUAUACCCUGGUACAACAUCUUCCAUGAACAGAAACUCAAAUGGGAACAGUGGUAGUGGACUGGAAACAUGGUAUAACAACUGCCUUCGGCAUGCAACAUAUCCUUCAGACAAAUCACCGGGACAACGCGGAUUUCAAUUACUGUCUGAGCUGUUCGAGUAUGAUCCCGAGCAACGCCUAACCGCAGAAAAAGCUCUCCAGCAUGAAUAUUUCAAAUUUGCAGAUGAAGGCCCAAAUAAAGGCAAGAUCUGGGUCAGCAAUAACUGCUUUGAAGGACUGGACGAAGUCUACCCACACAGAAGGGUGAGCACAGAAACGAAUGAUAUUGGCACGGGCAGUUUACCAGGCACGAAGAGAGGUGGGCUGCCAGACGAUUCUCUUCUACCGGCGGCGAAAAGACGAUAG